AUGACGCUUCCCAUCCAGCAGAAGGGUCCCCAGGUCCUGGCCGUCCUGUGGAUCGAAACUUUCCUGGCUGCCACCGUCAUCUCCCUGCGGUACUGGACGAGGAGCAAGAUCGGAGGCCAGGUCGGCUGGGACGAUUGGCUGCUGGUCCUCACUUGGCUGCUCAUGUUUGCCUUCUCCAUCAUCUGCACCGUUUCCGCCCAGCAUGGCCUCGGCAUCCACAUGGCAGACAUCACCCCGCUCACCGAGUUUUCCAUCGCCAUGAAGGCCUUUCUCAUCGGCCAGUCCGUCAUCUCCGUCGCCAUGGGCACCAGCAAGUGCGCCGUCGCCGUCUUCUUGAUCCGCAUUCUCAACAAGACUUGGCAUUACGUUCUUCUCUGGUUCUGGAUCGUCACCAUCAUGGCCGUCAGCUUCCUCCUCGCCAUCUCCGUCUUUGCCCAAGUCACGCCGGUAGAAGCCCUCUGGAACCCGUCAGUCAAGGGCGAGUACCACUUGAGCCUCACCGUCAUUGCGACCAUCGUCUGCGUCUGGUCCGCCGCCAUGGACUUCUUCCUCGCAAUCUUCCCGUGGAUGGUCCUCUGGCAGCUCAACAUGCGGAAGAAGGAGAAAACCACCAUCUGCAUUUCCUUGUCGCUUGGCGUCAUUGCCGGCGUCUGUGGCAUCGUGCGCACCACGACUCUGAACGCCCUGUCGAACUCGGCCGACUAUCUCUACGCUUGCUCCGACAGCGUGUGCUGGACCUUUUCCGAGCUGACCUUGACCAUCAUCUGCGUCACCAUGCCCGCCCUCCGCCCCCUCUGGAAACGCGUCACCGGCCAGAGCUCGUCGGGCUACGGCAACUACUACAAGCACUCGCAGUCCAAGGCCGGAUUCGCUUCGAGCGGAUUCGCCUCGAGAUCUGCCGAUCACGGCGACAUCAACCUCGAUUACAUGCCCGGCUCGUCCCAGAAAGCGGCAUACCCCACUUACACGUCGGGCGCCGGAAAGGCGUCGGUCCACACGGACGCAGACAGCGACAGAAGCAUCCUGGAGAACGGAAAGGGGAGCAACGAAGGCAUUCAGCGAGUCCAGGAGAUCAACGUCACAUACGACGACAUUUCCGACACGAGCGUGCAUGUGCAGCAGAGUGCUUACCAAACACACGCGAGAUAG